CACUGGCACUGUUGACGUUGACACCGUUGACACGUCAAACCAAAACAACCACAAUACAUUACCAAUAAUGUGAUACGUAAGACAACAAAAUCGAUUAUUUGUUAAAAAAAAAAUGUUAUCGACAAUCUGUUAUUGUUCAAGGACCCGAUAACCUAACCUCAAUUUAUUACUAUUUCACAAUUCACAAGUAAAAUAAUCAGUUUGAUGGUGGGAGCGUAAUACUUUCGACCAAUUUUACACGUCAAGAUAAAAGUAUGAAAGACACAGAACUAGUCCAGUUUGUUAACUGCAAAAUUCUUAGAGACCAUGAGAUUAUAACCGAAGAUUUGUGGGUAAGAUCUGGGAAAAUAGUUAAUCCAGAAAAGGUUUUCUUUGAUGAAAAAGUUGAAGCCUCCAAGAAAAUAGAUUGUCAGGGGUGUAUUAUUGCACCUGGUUUUAUUGAGUUGCAAAUAAAUGGUGGUUUUGGACAUGAUUUUUCUUUCAAUGUUGAUAAUCUCGAUGCAGGGUUAGAUCUUGUUUCAAAGAAUCUGUUAAGUCAUGGAGUGACUGCCUAUUGCCCCACAAUUGUUACUUCACCAGUAGAAUUCUAUCAUAAGAUUACUUCUCGUAUUAAGAAAAAAGCAGGUGGAAAACAUGGUGCUACUAUCUUAGGACUACAUGUUGAGGGCCCAUUUAUCAAUGUGGAAAAGAAGGGUGCCCAUCCACCAGAUUGUAUCAGGGCUUUUGAAAAAGGCUUUACCACAGUGCAAGAAGUCUAUGGAAAUUUAGACAAUGUAAGAAUAAUCACCAUAGCUCCAGAACUGAAAAAUGCAGAUGAAGUUAUUAAAAAACUGUGUUCUAAAGGAAUUGCUGUUUCUGUUGGACAUUCCACUGCUAACUUGGUGCAAGGUGAACAAGCUGUCAAAAGUGGGGCCACUCUCAUAACACACUUAUUCAAUGCAAUGUUGCCAUUCCAUCAUCGUGAUCCUGGCCUAGUUGGUCUCCUAACUUCUAAUAAAAUUCCUUCAAAUAAGACUGUUUAUUUUGGAAUAAUUGCUGAUGGUGUUCAUACACAUCCUGCCGCCUUAAGGAUUGCCUACAGAGUACAUCCAGAGGGUUUAGUUUUAGUUACAGAUGCAAUUGCUGCCUUAGGUCUUGCCGAAGGUAAUUAUAAUCUGGGACAAUUUGUGAUCGAAGUUAAAAGUGGACGAGCGUAUAUUGCCAAUACUGAUACAUUAUGUGGAAGUAUAGCCCCCAUGAUUGAAUGUGUUAAAUGUUUUUUGCAGUCAACAGGUUGCUCAAAAGAGUAUGCUUUAGAAGCGGCGAGUUUACAUCCAGCUAGAGCGUUAGGAAUUGAAGAAGAAAAAGGAACGCUGAAUUAUGGUGCUGAUGCGGAUUUUAUUAUAUUGAAUGAUGAUUUUGAACUCCAAUCAACAUGGAUUGCCGGUGAAUGUGUUUAUUCUAAGUGAACCUUUAGACAAAUGCCGUUGGAUGUAAUUAAAUGCUUGACACUAUUUUUGUAAGUUUGGCGUUUUAGAUAAAGAUUUUAUAUGUACUUUAUUUGUUCUAAUAAAAUUUAUUACACGUUGAAA